UCUUCCGGUUUCGGAAACCCGUGUUCCUUCCUUUCUGCCACCGCGAGUUUCCAAGAGGCACGGUUUAAUUGUUUCUCCGUCAAGAUGCGUUACGUAGCUGCCUAUCUCCUGUCCGCCCUUGGUGGCAACAGCAGUCCCCAGGCCAAGGACAUCAAAAAGAUCCUGGAGAGCGUGGGGAUCGAAGCCGACGACACACGCUUGGAGAAGGUGAUCAGUGAACUCAGUGGCAAGAAUGUCGAAGAGGUGAUCGCCCAAGGCUACGGUAAACUGGCCAGCGUGCCCUCCGGAGGUGCCGUGGCCGUCGCUUCCUCUGCCGCUCCAGGAGGGGGCGCUGCAGCCGAACCCGCUGCUGCUGAGGAGAAGAAAGAAGAGAAGAAGGAGGAGUCCGAGGAGUCGGACGACGACAUGGGAUUCGGUCUAUUCGACUAGGCACCCCUCUGACAAAACAAAUAAAUUUUCCAGAUACAAAUUC